AUGGACGAGGACGUCUUCGACAGCGUAACAUGGGAAUCAGCCUCAGCGCCGUAUGAUGUUGACUAUGCUGUGAAACAAGCAGGACCCGGGUUCAGACAGAGCACGGCGGGAGCUGAAGAGCCGCACAGUCCUCACGACCCAAAGUGGGAGGGAUAUCUUAUCACUAUCGUUAAGGACCCUGUCAAGGAAUUAGCAGAGACCAAGGACGCAUACGUUUCAUAUCUGGUUGUGGCAAAGACCAACCUUCCCAUAUUCUCGUCUCAGAGUCCCUCGGCUCGUCGACGGUUCCAGGACUUUGUAUUUCUCAGAGACCACCUUGUCAAAGACUUCCCAGCAUGUGUGGUACCUGCGCUCCCCGACAAGCAUCGGUUGGAAUAUAUAACUGGCGAUAGGUUCAGCCCUGAGUUUAUGGAACGUCGCAGACUAGAACUCCACCGGUUCUUGGAGCGCAUAGCUCGGCACCCUACGCUGCAACGCAGCACGCUCUUGCGUGCCUUUUUGGAGUCCACGGAAUGGCAUGUCUACAUGCACCAACACCUCGCACACCCCCCUGGACCUGAACCAACACCAGGACUCCUUGACAACAUAUCGGACACGCUCUUGAACGCUUUCGCACGUGUCCGUAAACCAGACGAGCGUUUCUUGGAGAUGCGUGAAAGCGUCGAUAAGUUCGAAGAGGGUCUGGUCCUCUCUGAGCGACUCUGGAACCGUAUCCGCGGGAGAACGAACGGUAAGCCGACUGGUCAUUUUGCACUUCAUGAAGAUCUCAUGACUGACUACCACGAUCUUGCCGUUGCCGCUCAGGGUCUGGGUUUCUUGGAGUCGGGAAUCACGGAUCCCUUGAAUCACUUUUCAAAUACGUUGCUCGAGUUCUCAGCCCUGCUGCGCCAUAAGACCCAAACGUCGACCGAUCCAUUUCUUGUUCACCUGCACUCUCUCCUUAUCUACUCCCAUGCAAAUCGUGCCGUACUGAAGCUUCGUGAUCAGAAGCAGCUUGACUUUGAGGAGUUGUCAGAUUACCUAUCAGGCGUUACCCUCGAGCGCGACCGUUUAUCCGCUAUCAUAUCAGGGCAUGCGGGGAGCAGCGGUCUUGGACUUAGCGCGUAUCUGAAAGACAAAGUUGAUGCGAUCAGAGGAGCAGACGAUGACCGCAGCCGGGUAGAAAAGAUGCGCAAGCUGGACAUCAAGAUCAAAGAACUCCAAGAUGCAGUCACCACGGCGCAUGAGACGUCUGAUGCUUUCAGCGAUGAGACGUUGCGGGAACAGAGGAUUUUCCAGAAUACAAAAGAAGCUGAAAUGAAGGAAAUGCUCAGUAAUCUUGCGGACGGAGAGAUCGAGUUCUACCAAUCGGCUAUGGAGGAAUGGGACCGAAUCAUACCCAUCAUUCAGCGUAUACGGGUGGAUAUUUAG